UUUUAUGAACCGAGGUCCAUCUAGUUACUUGUACUUAUCCGAAGCAAUUAAGUAGGGCAUACUGGCCGUCAGUCCCUUUGUAAGGGUUCAUUUAAAGACUAGCGCUAUUGAUCCAUUUGUAAAACCUCAAGGACUGACACAUGCAAAAUAGAUAACUGGUUACUUGCAAUGUUCACUCUUCCUAUGAUUGUAACCUUUUCAUCAGAGGAUCAAGUCAUUUUAGAAAGACAGCCAACACCAUCAAACACCUGGUUAUGGAAUCCAUCGAAGCCGUCAUCAGCAGCUGGCUGACCUUCUGGGAUUGCCCAGAAGGGACAUACAACGACGGAAAUGGCUUUGAUUGCACAGUUCCAGGUAAACCAGAAGUGUUCGUCGAACAACCGAAAACGGCUGUUGUUGUAUCUUGGAAAAUUAAGGACAAGAACGGUAUCCUUAAAGAGUACUACGUGACUUCUGUGAGAAAGGAUGACUUGUCAAAAACCCAGACUCUUGUUACCAAGAAAAUGGAAAUGCAGUUUGAUUUAAAGGCGGAAAAAACUUAUGAAUUCCAGAUGGUCAUACGGCAUAGUAAUGCGGGAGGUGUUUACGAUUGCGUUGAGGGAGUUUGGCCGAAGCUACGUGAAAAAGUUCGUGACUAA